GGAGUAAAGAAAAUAAACUGAAACUUUAUUCAUAUAUCUAAGAAAUGCUGGUAACACAAAACCAUAAAAUUUUAGGCGCGUCGAUGUUUAAACUUUGUCGGCAGUCGAUUCGGUGCCUUUCGCAGCAAAACUUUAACCAGACUAGCACGUCUCACAGAAAUGUAGAUCAACAAGAAGUGGAUAGACUUGGCCAGCUGGCAGCAGACUGGUGGGAUCCCACUGGUCCCAUCAAGGCUCUCCAUUCGAUGAAUGCACUUCGUGUUCCACUGAUAAGGGACGGUCUAAUCGCCACAGGACUAGUGCCGAAGGAACAAAUUAAAUCGCCACAGGUUUUAAAAGGAUUGACGAUCUUGGAAGUUGGCUGCGGUGGGGGAAUUUUAACUGAAGCAUUGGCAAGGAUUCAUGCCAACGUUGUAGGAAUUGACCCUGGCGAACAGGUGAUUCAGGUAGCCCAGAAUCAUGCGCAAUCAAUGGACUCGAAGAUUUCGGAUAGAAUUCGGUACUUAGUAGAAACUGUAGAAGAGCAUUCGCAAAACAAUAUUGGGAUUUAUGACGCGAUAGUUGCGUCGGAAGUGCUAGAGCAUGUGAAUGAUAAAGUUUCAUUCAUUGAACAUUGUGCCAUGGCUCUUAAACCAGGUGGAUCAAUAUUUGUAACGACACUGAACAAAACAACUGCUUCGUGGUUGGCCGGAAUCGUUGUUGCGGAACACGUAUUGGAAUUGGUUCCUAAAAAUACACACGAUUGGGAAAAGUUUAUUUCGCCGUUGGAAUUGAAACGGAUUUUGAACACAUUCAAUUGCAGUACGGUUUUGGAACAUGGAAUGGCCUACGAGUUCUGGCGAAAUCAUUGGUCCUGGUGUAGUAGAACCGAUGUAAACUACGCCAUGCAAGCAGUGAAGCAAACGGAUCCAUCUUAAACAUAGAUUGUGAUUUCUUGAG